UAUUCCGCUGCGUCCUGAUGAGGAACAAAGCAGACCUGAAGCUAAAUCACGAACCAAACAGUGGUGUUUUACAGUAAAAACUCAAACGAAGUAGCCUAACAUGUCGCUUUGGCGAUGCAUCGUUGAUUGAUGUAACAGGAUGUGAGAAUUUCUGGGACUUCCUGCAGAGACCGACCGCUGCCGGCUGCUGCAGCCCCGCCUCCGCUGCCUGCUUUCCGGGGAGAAAACAGCUUCGCUCCGCCUGUCUGCAGCGGUGUGCGUGUAACUUUCAUUUAAACAGACCUCAGGAUAGUUCGCGGUUUAGGAUACAGUCGGUUUCAGCCUAAUUAGUGUUUUUUUUUGUUUUGUUUUUGUCGUGAUAUUUUCCGUUGGUUGCACGUGAGUCUCCGUCCAGGAUGUGUGUCAGACUGCAGGAGGAGAGAUGUUCUCUGGAAGUGGUUUAAUCAUCCUGCAGGGAGGACGGCACGCAGAGGGCAGGGCUCCAGAGCCGCAGACGCAUGUGUCUUGAGUACUGGCGGUGAGGUGUAGGAUGCCUAAUGACCGUGAAGCCAUGGAGCUUGGACAGAAUGGAGCCUCCAAACACCAGUCUGCAGGUGCAAACAAACGUGGCGCCACUGUCAGUUUCCACAAUAUUCACUACAAGGUGAAGCAGGGUGGAGGCUGUUUCGGUCGGAAGAAAGCCCGAACCAAAGACAUCCUCAUUGACCUGAACGGGCUCAUGAAGCCGGGUCUGAACGCCAUCAUGGGAGCAACAGGAAGCGGGAAGUCAUCGUUCUUGGAUGUUUUGGCUGCCAGAAAAGAUCCUGCAGGUCUGUCGGGGGAAGUCCUGAUCGACGGCGCUCCUCAGCCUCCCAACUUCAAGUGUCUGUCUGGAUAUGUGGUGCAGGACGACGUGGUGAUGGGAACGCUGACGGUCCGGGAGAACUUCACCUUCUCGGCGGCGCUGCGUCUCCCGUCCAGCGUCACCCAGAAGGAGAAGGAGCAGAAGGUGGACAGGCUGAUCCAGGAGCUGGGCCUGGGACGGGUGGCCAACGCCAAGGUGGGAACUCAGCUGAUCCGAGGGAUCUCCGGCGGCGAGAGGAAGAGGACGAACAUCGGCAUGGAGCUGAUCAUCGACCCGUCCGUCCUCUUCCUGGACGAGCCCACCACGGGCCUGGACGCCAGCACGGCUAACUCUGUGCUGCUGCUGCUGAAGAGGAUGGCAAACAACGGCCGCACCAUCAUCCUGUCCAUCCAUCAGCCCCGAUUCAGCAUCUACCGCCUCUUCGACAGCCUCACCCUGCUGGUCAACGGCCAACAGGUUUACCACGGCCCGGCACAGAGAGCCCUGGACUAUUUCUCUGACAUCGGGUACACAUGUGAGGCCCACAACAACCCUGCUGACUUCUUCCUGGACGUCAUCAACGGAGACUCGACCGCUGUCGCCCUCAACAGCCCGGAGGGAGACGAUUCUCAACAAGAUGCAGAAUCCAUGUCAAAGUCCAGAAAAGGAAUUGAGGACAAACUGGUGGAGGAGUACAGAAACUGCCAGUACUACAAACAGACCAAAGACGAACUCGAAAAAAUAGUUCAGGGAAAGCCAACGACCAAGGGCCCCCGCUCCAGAACCAUCACCUACAACACAGGGUUCUUUACGCAGUUCAGAUGGGUUCUCAAGAGAACGUUCCGCAAUCUUGUGCUGAACCCUCAGACCUCCAUCGCCCAGGUCGCCGUGACGCUCUUCCUCGCUCUGGUUGUCGGAGCGCUGUUCUUUGACGUCAACCUGGAGGACAGCGGGAUUCAGAACAGGACCGGCGCUCUCUUCUUCAUCGUUGUGAACCAGUGUUUCAGCUCGCUGUCGGCCGCCGAGCUCUUCAUCACCGAAAGGAAACUCUUCAUCCACGAGUAUAUCAGCGGCUACUACAGGCUCUCUGUCUACUUCCUGUCUAAGAUCCUGUCUGACAUCAUAACUCUGAGGACCAUCCCUGCCAUUGUCUUCACCUGCGUCGCCUACUACAUGAUUGGUCUGAAGCCCACAGCGGGGGCCUUUUUCACCUUCAUGCUCACCGUGGCUCUGGUCGCGUACACAGCCACCGCCAUGGCCAUGGCCAUCUCAGCCGACCAGACGGUGGUGGCCAUCGCCAACAUCUUCAUGACCAUCACAUGCGUCUUCAUGAUGAUCUUUGCAGGUCUGCUGGUGAAUCUCCCCUCCAUCGUCAGCUGGCUCGCCUGGUUGAAGUACCUCAGCAUACCCAGAUAUGGGUUAAGCGCUCUGCAGGCGAAUGAGUUCACUGGGCUGGUCUUCUCAGGAAACAAAACGGGGGAGUUUUUCCUGGAGGAGCAGGGCGUGCUCUACUCCUCCUGGGGCCUCUGGCAGAACCACCUGGCUAUGGCCGUCAUGACCAUCUGCUUCCUCGCCAUCGCAUACCUCAAGCUGCGCUUCAUCAAGAAGUUCACCUGAAGCCUUAAGCAACAAAAGCCUACCUUAUUUUUAUGGGUAGAAUUUGUUAUUACCAUCGGUUUGGUUCAGCCUUGUAUUUACAGUUGAUUACUGUGUUCAAACCAGCUGCGUUUCUACCGGGUAACUUGUUUGUAAAAUGUUUGGUUUUGACAACGAAUCGUUUAUUCAGUUCUUUUUAUCACUGCGUUGUUUUACUGUAAACCGUAUUCAGAUUUUUGCACUUUAAUGUUCAAAGCCAUGUAUUAUUUUAUAUUUGUAAUCUUUUUUUUUGUACGGAAAUAAAACAGUUCAUUAAAGCGUA